AUGUUCUUCGCUGGGAAGUAUCUGUGCAGACGGUUUGAUGGUAACAACUGCUGUUUUGGUUUCUGUAUGGACAGGAACAAGUCACAGAGGAUGCUCGAUGCACUUCGGAUGCCUGUUGCCAUUGGUAUGGCCUUGUUUAUUGUUAUUUACCUAAUAAUGGACAUCGCCAUGGAAACGCCAAGAAAUCUUACGUCCUUGACUGGAAUUGUCUUUUUUGUGGUCAUCCUCUUUGUCUUUUCCAAUGAUCCAGCCAGAGUUAAGUGGCGUCCUGUAUUUUGGGGUCUCGUCCUUCAAUUCCUAUUCGCCCUUCUCAUCCUUCGAUGGCGGUUCGGAUUCCUUGCAUUUAAAUGGCUUGGUGAGCGAGUGUAUGAAUUCCUGUCCUACACCGACAAAGGCUCGAUAUUCGUUUUCGGGGAGAAAUACACGGACCAUUUUUUUGCUUUUAAGGCUCUGACAGUGGUGGUGUUUUUCAGCACGACUGUCUCCGUCCUUUACUACUUAGGAGCCAUGCAGUUUAUCAUCUGUAAAAUCGCCCGGUUAAUGGCUUCCACUCUAGGCACCUCGCCCACCGAGUCGCUUAACGCAGCUGCCAACAUUUUUAUUGGACACAGUGAGGCUCCUUUACUAAUCAAGCCGUUUCUACCGGAAAUGACGAACUCGGAGUUACAUGCCGUAUUAACAGGAGGUUUCGCAACAAUUGCUGGAACUGUAAUGGCUGCGUAUAUUCUGUUAAACGUACCCGCCAAUCACCUCCUUUCCGCCUCAGUAAUGUCCGCACCUGCUGCUUUAGCUAUGUCCAAACUGAUAUACCCAGAGACAGUGAGAUCACAUGCUGAUCCUGAUCAAGUCUACCAGAUGGAUAAAAGUCCAGAGAGAAACGUGAUCGAGGCAGCCUCCAAUGGAGCAUCCCAGUCGAUUAAACUCAUAGCAAACAUUGCUGUGAAUAUGAUCGCAUUCAUUGCCAUGCUUGAAUUCGUCAAUGCUACUCUGGAUUGGUUUGGGGCAAGAGUAGGGCUAGAACCACCCAAUCACGAACGACUAACAUUUCAGUUUUUGUGUUCCUAUAUAUUUUGGCCCAUAGCUGCCAUGAUGGGAGUAGACCUUACUGAUUGUCGGAAAGUAGCUGAGAUGAUUGGCACUAAAAUAUUCAUAAAUGAACUAGUGGCUUACACCGACCUUUCUGUUUACAUGAAUAACAAACUUAAUUUUACUUGGUAUCAACAAAUAAUGCAAAACAUGACGUCAUUAGAUUCCAACGGAAGUGACGUCAUAGGAUGGUACUUCUCUGGAGAUGACAUUGUGUACACGGAAAUGAACAUAACCCUUCAAAAGGGAAUCAUGUCGGAGAGAUCGAUUGUUAUUUCAACGUAUGCAUUGUGUGGAUUUUCCAACAUCAGUUCCCUUGGAAUUAUGUUGGGAGCACUUGGUGCCCUGGCUCCGUCCCGGAAAUCUGAUGUAUCGUCUGUAGUGAUCAGCGCCAUGAUCACAGGAAACGCUGCCUGUUUCAUGACUGCAUGUAUUGCAGGUCUGUUGUAUAAAGAGGAAGUUGAUUUUUAG